AUGGGGUCCGAGGUGUUACGUUGGAUUCUGUUGACCGUGUCGGUUCAUGCGGUGGUGAACGCCGCGUUUACACACGGACCGACUGGUCUGGCCGGUAAAAUAAGGAGAACAGUUUGGAAGGAUAAGGACGGUAACGAUAACGGAGAUUACAAAGUUAAUGCGGGAUUUCCGAGCGCGUACGGCGUCAAGAAGCAACGAGCGGGAGAUGGUUACCAUCGGGGGAAUUAUAAAGACGGUGAAGGAGGGGACAUUAGAUCCAAAUUCAACACUUUGGGACCAAACCUGAGCCAAGAAAAGCAUGAUUAUGAUUAUUAUUACGAUUCCAACUACGGGAAUCAUGGAAGUGGACCUGGCCAAGCUGACAAAGGCAAAAGUAGUGGUUCCGAUGAUUACAAUCAUGACUAUAAACACGGUUAUCGUCACAGCCACGGCUAUCGUAGUCAGCAUCGACACUCUAACAACGGUAAAGACGGGGACGAUGGUUAUCACGGGUAUCAUCGUGUUCGAUUCGAACACGAUCAGGAUAACGAUGGAAAAGGCGUCAGUGAUCAUGGAGUCAAUCACGAUGGCUGGAAACACGGUGGUUACCAUUACGAUGACGGAUUUGAGUUCCAUUAUGGGGAUAGCGGAAAAGAUGGUGACGAUAGUUUUAAUGAAGACACUGGCCAUGGUGGUUACAGUGACGAUUAUAAGCAGAACAGUGAACAGAGUCUUAGUCAGGACCAUAACGAAGGUGUUGAUGACCACGGGCCAGAUUAUCAUUACGCAUACUCUCAGAGCAGUGGCAGUUACGGUAAACAUUAUCCUAGCUUCGCCAGUGGCCACCAUUAUCAUCACCAUGGACAAGAUCAUAAUCACGGUGCGCAUCGUUAA